GAAGUGAACACGGACGGUAGAGAAGGAAUCGAAGUAAAAGGGCGGAGGAGAGGGAGCUACCGGGGGGGGGAAGACGAAAAAAUGAUUAAAAAACCAGCGGGACAAUUUAUUAUUGUUAACUUCAAUAUCGCAGGACUUUACGGACGCUGGGGGGCUACUUUGUGUCUCCGGUGAUCGGCGUAUGGAUAUAAGGUGACUCGCAUUGUAGCACCAGAGGACAGCAGCACUCGUCCCUCAGAAGAGCUCGUCUAAAGGCAAGGGGGGGGAGGUGGGAGGGUCCGGAGACGGAGAGCUGCAAGGGGUCAUGCAUCAGGGGUGAGGGGGAUUCACUGCAGGGGACACACACACACACACACACACACACACACACACACACACGGCGUCGGGUGAGGAGGAGGUCGAGGGCAGGUUUGGUGUGGAGAUGAAGCUCAAGCAGCGCAUGGUGGUGCUGUGUGCCGUGCUCCUCCUGCUGGGCCUGGCCAAGAUCUUCCUGCUGGAUGGAGGCGAGGGCUCCGCGGCCAGCCGACGGGAUCUCAGAGCGUUUCGGAAGAUGGAAGCCGGCCUUUCUCUGUCGCGGGGAGCCCGCCUCACACACACCCUCCAGUCUCCGUGGGAGAUAGCGAGCCAGUGGGUGGGCCCAAGAGAGGUGUACCCCGAGGAGACCCCGGAGCUGGCGGCCGUGCUCAUCUCUCUCAGCAGCGCCCGGGUAGAGCGGGCGGACGUGGGCUACAAGGGCACGCAGCUCAAAGCCCUGCUGGUGCUGGAUGGGGGGCAGAAAGUGGUCUUUAAACCCAAGAGAUAUAACAGAGACUACGUGGUUGAAGGCGAGCCGUAUGCAGGCUAUGACCGACACAACGCGGAGGUGGCUGCUUUUCACCUGGACAGGAUCCUGGGCUUCAGGAGAGCGCCCCUAGUGGUCGGCAGAAACGUCAACGUGCGGACGGAGAUCAAACCCGUGGCCACAGACCAGCUGCUGGGCACCUUCCUCAUGCAGGGUAACAACACGUGUUUCUAUGGAAAGUGUUAUUACUGUCGGGAGAGCGAGCCGGCGUGUGCGGAGGGAGAGAUCAUGGAGGGCUCGUUAACCCUUUGGCUGCCGGACGUCUGGCCGCUGCAGAAACACAGACACCCCUGGGGACGCACCUACCGAGAGGGGAAGCUGGCCAGGUGGGAGUACGACGAGAGUUACUGCGAGGCGGUGAAGAAGAUGCCUCCGUACGACGCCGGGCCGAGGCUGCUGGACGUCAUCGACACGGCCAUCUUUGAUUACCUCAUCGGGAACGCCGAUCGGCAUCACUACGAGAGCUUCCAGGAUGACGGCGGCGCCAGCAUGCUCAUCCUGCUCGACAACGCAAAGAGCUUUGGGAACGCGGCUCUGGAUGAGCGAAGUAUCCUCGCACCACUCUAUCAGUGCUGCAUGGUCCGCGUGUCCACGUGGAACAGGCUGAACCUGCUGAGGAGCGGCGCUCUGAGUUCAGCCAUGCGACAGGCGCUGGCGUUCGACCCCAUCCAGCCGGUCCUAGCUGAGCCGCACCUCGCGGCCCUGGACAGGCGUCUGUCUGGAGUCGUAGCCACUGUGAAGCAGUGCAUGGAGGCGCAGGGCCCCGACAACACUCUGAUAGAGGACCGCAUGAACCUCCCUCACCCCUAGAGACAAGGGCCAGGACUUUAACACCAGGGCCCUCCUCUCUUCUCCAGGCCCGCGAGGUAAAGAGAUGCAGAGGGAGUAAAAGGAUCGACAGGGUGGAACAAAAACUGUGUAUUUCUCUCCCCCCUCCACCCCCUGGGCCCCUGUCACUCUGUUAAGACUUGAGUGGACACCUAUAUAAACUUCUCAGGACUGCUGUACACGAUAGGACGGUAUCUGCUGUAAGAACGUCUCCCUCGUCUCCUCCUGGUUGUGCCAAAUUCUCCGUCCCAGUCCGGCUUCUCCUCCAACUGAGGAGGAAGGAUGGAGCUCGGAGAGAAGUAGACACUCAAGGAGGGAAGGCGACAAGGAGCCACCGACGGCUCGAUGGAAGACGCAGUAUGGCCGCGUUGGCGGCCGCGUUGGCAGCUGUUUGGCGCUCACAGUCCAAGAAACUGAAGAGUAGAUUCCUGUUGAAGGAAAGUCAGGAAAUUAAAUCCAUUGGACAUCGGUAAAAUGUUUGUUUGUUUUCCUCGAAUUGAAAAUGAACUUUAAUCGUAAGGAAAGGAGAAUCAACUCGGCUCUUCCUCCUUCAUUGUGUAUAUAUUUAACUAAGUAGUGACGUAGAAUUGAGACAAAAGAAUAUACAUUUGUGGAUGAUAAUAUUAAAUGAACUCAAGUGGGUGGGUGAGGGUGUGUGUGUGGGGGUGUGUGUGUGUGUGUGUGUGUGUGUGGGUGUAUGAAACAGUGUCAUAUUGUGCCGUAAAUGAGAAAAGCUACUGACAUGACGGACUUGAGGUGAGGGCACACAGUGCGUGGGUUCAUCUUCAGCAUUAAACUAUGAUCUAUUUAAUUGUGCUUCUCUCUCUGUCAUCUCUUUCCCCCCCCGUGGUCACCGCUGAAGAGCACGACGUCUGUAAUGAAGUGUUGAUGCAGUCACUGCUACUAUGAACAGAAACACAUUUGAUUUAAGGUGCUGCGUCAUUGGAAGGGACUUUCACUUUAGCUGCUCAGAUAUUUUUAUUUUAGUCAUACUGGUCCUGAGAUACGUUACAGCUCAGAUCUGGAACACACUGGUUAUGGUUGACAUUUAAUUUAGAAUAAAUAGAUUUCUUUCCUCGUCUCACUUUCUGUAACGUUUGCUUUAUCCACAUUUUAAUCACCUCUUGUGCCCUAAAUUUAGUUCAAAUCUGAGGCUCCAGUAACUCCUUUUAGUGACAUUAGUCACAGAUGUGAUUACAGGCGGUCAUGUCUGAGGACGACCUGAUCGAUGGGCCACAGAUCGCCAUCGGUCGAUAUUCGUUUUCAACCGCUUUCAUCGUUGUGCAUGUUCUGCGUCAGCUGAUCGACCGAGAGUUUCCCAUCGUGUCUCUAGAACCCACUGAGAGCAGUCUGAUAAUGAGACCAAUCAACAUCUGUGUGAAAGGGACAACACAUACAUACACACACACUAGACACGGUUGCGUUACACGUCACGCCAGCAUGAUGUCAUCUUGAAUCUCAACUGAAGCAGCGUUAUGCCGGCUUUGUUUGCUCUAGUGUAACAAAACAAAGUCCUCUUCUCUUUUAUAAAACCGGCUUAUGUUAAUACUUAACAUACAAUGUUGUUAAGAAUAGUUUAAUGAAUAAAUAAUGCUACACGAUAAAUAGAAGGCUUCAAACUUGUUGCCAUUAUCUGAUUUCUAUCAAAUCGUGUGCGUUUAAGCGUCUCACUGUCUGAUUUCUUGCUGUAUUUUUGACUGGUUUCAUAAAUGUCAUCUGGAGCUUUAGUGUCGGAGACUUUGGACGCAGACUUUGAAAAUAGAAGUGUGUGUGGGGUGGGGUUAAGUCGUGGUUCGCACACCUGAGUCAGCAGCAACAUCCAGCUGUCUCGGGCUCUGAGCUACCGGUGCUGUACAGACUGUAGGAGCAGCUGGCUGCAAGCAGACCAAACAUGUCUGAAUGUUAUCCUCUUAUCAACAUUUAACCAUAAUUACGGUUGUGUGCGUUUUUAUUUUUUACUUUUAUCACAUCCUCUUUGGGUUUUGUAACAAAGGAUGUGUGUGGGCUGCUGCUAACACUUCUUCUUCCACAAACUCAAAUCACUCCUUGUCCUUUUUCUGUCAGUUGAAUUUUAAAUCCCCAGCCUGUCCAAAAACACCAAAAGAAAACCUCCCCCCCCACUGAAUCCAACAACCCCGGUUUUCCUUGAAUCAAUAUGUUGUGUCCUGUGAACAUAUCUAAAUGUACAAUACUUCUUCUGCUGAUGGAUUUCCCCAUUUCAGCUUGUACUCCUGUUACAGAUCAUCUUUCACCACAAGAGUAUCCUCCUCACUUGACAUUUACUUCAUCUAGUUUGUCAGCCCUGGCGUUGGUGGUGUUACGGCUAUAAAGUGUCUAAUCUUAAUCUCUGAUUUGAGUGAUCUUAGUUGUUUUUGCUUCACCCACAGAAGGGAAACUUAAUUGUGAAACCGCAGGUGCAGGUCCCCCCCUUUCCCACAAGCCUGCUCGUCUUGCAGUCGCAUCCAGCCUCUCUCUGUUUAUGUGAGCAACAAGCCAGAGGAUGUAGGACACCUGUUUCGUUUGGGCUCAGCAGGUGUU